AGAUUUACAUUAACCCCGACUGUCAUCAAGCUCACAUGGUAGUUUGCUUUGUGCCUAUCACCGCAGUUGCCAUCCCUCCAUCAACACGGAGAGUGAUGUGUCACCAACAUCACCCCGCUCUAACGGAGAUAUACUUGGCUGCGGAAAUGUAGCUAUGAAAGGACGGUGGCGGACGAGUAUUUAUGAUCUUGCUUGGCUGCAGUUGUCAGAGCCAUGGACCUCAUGGCAACAUGGUUCAGUUUCACUAAUAAUACCUAGAAGGAACACAAAAUGUCGAGUAAACUCGUCCAUUUUGUAGAACCCCUCGCAAAAACCUCACUACAAGAGUUCUUGGCAUUCGCUGUUGUAUUGGUCUCUACACUAGGAAUCACCAAGGCUAUAUACAAUGGCUUCUUCCACCCCUUGGCUGCUUUACCAGGCCCAAAGCUCUAUGCCAUGUCGCAUCUUCCCAUAAGCUGGUCACGGUACCGGGGUAGAAUACCUUAUACAUUUGCCGAACUGCACGAGAAGUAUGGCACCGUAGUUCGGGUUAGCCCAGAUGAAGUCUCGUGUGCUAGUCCUUCAGCUUUCAAGGACGUUUAUGGCCCUCGUUAUGGAAAAGGGGGUCCAUUAACUCGCGAUACCCGGACCGCACCACUAAAGGAUACUUUUGGGGCGGUAGGUAUGUUCCAGGCUGAUGUACAAGAACAUGCUCGAAUACGCCGUCAACUUAACCCAGCCUUCUCAGAGAGAGCUUCUCGGGAACAGGAACCCCUAGUGAUGGGAUAUAUCAACUCGAUGAUCCAGAAACUAAGAAACGCCACGGCAAGAGGAGAGCCCAUCGACGUAGAGAGAUACGUGAUGUGGGCAACGUUCGAUAUCCAGGGCGACCUUGUGUUCGGAGAGGACGUAUUCAAGUGUAUCGAGAAUGAGCAGUACCAUCCCUGGAUCAAUAUUAGCAUGAACUUCUUUGUCGGAGGAGUGUAUGUACACGCCCUGUACGACAUCUCUCCCUGGCUCCUGUGGAUGUAUCAGAGGUUCUUUGUUCCGAAGAAAAUCGCAGAUGCCUCUUCUUGUCACCUGAGAACUACGCUGGAUCUCGUGGACAAGAGGAUGGCUGCUGGCAAGACCGACCAUCCGGACUAUAUGUCAUUCAUUACCAGCGAGAGCAAGGAAGGCGAAGCACUCACUAAGGAGCAGAUGUAUGCCAAUGCCCAGAUGUUGGUGAUGGCCGGAUCAGAAACUGUAGCUACGGCCUCUGUGAGUACGCUAUAUCUCCUGCUCGCUCAUCCGGAGACGAUGGCCCGAGCUAAGCAUGAAAUCCGUGCUGCAUUCGGCUCGGAUCGGGACAUUGCAGCCGCUUCUGUCUCUCAGCUGCCAUACCUCAUGGCUGCAAUCGACGAAUCCAUGAGGGUCUGGCCUCCGGUUGCAACGUCAUUUAAUCCUCGGCAGGUAUCAUCAGGAGGUUUAACCGUGGAUGGCUAUUUCAUACCUGAAGGCUCCAUGGUUGGUAUCCAUAACCAUGCUAUCGGGCGUUUAGAGAGCUAUUUCAGGGAUGCGAAAAAGUUCGUCCCCGACCGUUGGCUGGGCGAUGAGAAAUACGCGGGAGAUGCUAGGGAGACUUUUCAGCCGUUCAGCGCGGGGCCGCUGAAUUGCAUCGGCCUCACGAUGGGUCGUAUGGAGACUCGCGUGAUCCUAGCCAAGCUCAUUUACAACUUCGACAUCGAGCUGAUGCCCGAAUGUAGCAACUGGCUCGAGAACCAGAAGAACUACAUUGCGUGGCACAAGCCGCCAUUAAUGGUAAAAUUGACACCGGUGAAGAGAGCUUAGACAUGUAAGUGUUCGAUGAGGCUGGCUGGUGGACGGAUCUGGGAGUGGCAAU